AUGGCUGGAAGACCGCCCGGACGUCUCCACGGCGGAUCGUCUGGGACCCGCGAGGACCUGCUGCUGGAUCUCGAGAGCGACCAGCCGGCGUACAGCGGCGGGCAGCGAUCGGCCCUCAACGACGACGAUUUGAUCCGAGCCCACGCCCUCGACGACCAAGACCCCCAGGGCCGACCGUCGGUGUCGUACGACGACUUCCACUCCGACCUCGACGGCCAUCAGCGAUACGCCGACGACUUCGACGACUACCCAGCCGACGCUGAUUCAUACUACCAGCAUGGAGGAGGCGGAAUGGCUGGCCAGACCCCUUCGUCCUCGGCAAGGAACAUGGCGAGAAACAGGAAUAGUGUCUUGAGCCUCGGCGGCGGUCUUCUCGGCAGGGUCAAGAACAAGCUCGGCAUGGGCGAAGGCUACUCGGAGAUGGACUUGCCCCUGACCGAGCCCGGCCAAGAGCGCGGCGCCCCGUCGGCUGCUUCACAAAAAGACCACAAGAGCAAGAAAUUUGACAUGGGCAACUUCAGGUUUGGCUUUGGGAAAAGCAAGCCCGAUCCCUCCACCCUCGGCCCGCGCAUCAUCCAUCUCAACAACCCGCCCGCCAACGCCGCCAACAAGUACGUCGACAACCAUAUAUCGACGGCCAAAUACAACUUCGCCAGCUUCCUGCCAAAGUUCCUGCUCGAGCAGUUUUCCAAAUUCGCAAACAUCUUCUUCCUAUUCACCGCAGGCUUGCAGCAGAUCCCCGGCCUCUCGCCCACGAACCGAUACACGACAAUCGCGCCCUUGCUCAUCGUCCUGUUGAUCUCGGCGGGAAAGGAGCUGGUGGAGGACUACCGGAGAAAGCAAGCCGACAACGCCCUCAACACCUCCAAGGCUCGCGUCCUGCGCGGGACCAGUUUUGCGGAAACCAAAUGGAUCAACGUUGCGGUGGGUGAUAUCAUUAGGGUCGAGUCGGAAGAGCCCUUCCCGGCCGAUCUGGUCCUGCUCGCGAGUUCCGAGCCCGAAGGCCUCUGUUAUAUCGAAACAGCGAACCUCGACGGUGAGACCAACUUGAAGAUCAAGCAGGCCCUGCCGGAGACGUCCACCAUGGUGUCUCCCGGUGAGCUCAGCAGACUGGGGGGCCGCAUCAAGUCUGAACAGCCCAACAGCAGCCUCUACACCUACGAGGCGACCCUCACUAUGCAGGCCGGGGGAGGGGAAAAGGAACUCUCGCUCAACCCGGAGCAGCUUCUCCUCAGAGGCGCUACCUUGAGAAACACGCCGUGGAUACACGGAGUCGUCGUCUUCACCGGCCACGAGACCAAGCUGAUGAGAAACGCCACGGCCGCCCCAAUCAAGCGGACAAAGGUGGAAAAGCAGCUCAACUGGCUUGUCCUGGUACUCGUCGGCACUUUGCUAAUUCUGAGUGUAAUAUGUACCGUCGGCGACCUGGUCAUGCGCAGCGUGCAGGGCGACUCGUUCGACUACCUGUAUCUGGACCGUAUCGACAGCGCCGGAAAGGUCACACGAACGUUUGCCAGAGACAUGGUUACCUACUGGGUGUUGUUUUCAUCCCUAGUGCCCAUUUCCCUGUUUGUCACGGUAGAGCUGGUCAAAUACUGGCACGGAAUCCUCAUCAACGACGACCUCGACAUGUACCACGACAAGUCCGACACGCCGGCCACGUGCCGCACCUCGAGCUUGGUCGAGGAGCUCGGCAUGGUCGAAUACGUCUUCUCGGACAAGACGGGCACUCUCACGUGCAACCAGAUGGAGUUCAAGCAGUGUAGCAUUGCAGGCAUCCAGUACGCCGAACAAGUGCCCGAGGACCGCCGGCCAACCGCGCAUGAUGACGGAGAAAACGGGAUAUACGACUUUGACAGGCUCAGGGCGAAUCUGAGAGAAGGCCACGAGUCGGCCGCGGUCAUCGACCACUUCCUCGCCCUCCUGGCCAUCUGCCACACCGUCAUCCCCGAGAUGACGGAAAAGGGCCAGAUCAAGUACCAGGCUGCCUCCCCCGACGAAGGCGCGCUGGUGUCUGGCGCUCUGGAGCUGGGCUAUCGGUUCACCGCCCGGAAGCCCAAGUCGGUCAUCAUCGAGGCAGUCGGCCAAGAGUUGGAGUACGAGCUGUUGGCGGUGUGCGAGUUCAACUCGACGCGCAAGAGGAUGUCGGCCAUCUACCGAUGCCCUGACGGCAAGAUCCGAUGCUACUGCAAGGGAGCCGACACUGUGAUCCUGGAGCGUCUCAACGACCAGAACCCUCACGUGGAGGCGACUCUGCGGCAUCUCGAGGAGUACGCCUCGGAGGGCCUGCGGACGCUGUGCCUGGCCAUGCGCGAGAUCCCCGAGCAGGAGUAUGACGAGUGGUAUCAGAUCUUCGACACGGCCUCGACCACCGUCGGCGGCAACCGCGCAGAGGAGCUGGACAAGGCCGCCGAGAUUAUCGAGCACGACUUUUUCCUUCUCGGCGCCACCGCCAUCGAGGACCGCCUCCAGGACGGUGUUCCCGAGACCAUCCACACCCUGCAACAGGCCAACAUCAAGGUGUGGGUCCUGACGGGCGACCGACAGGAGACGGCCAUCAACAUCGGCAUGAGCUGCAAGCUUCUGAGCGAGGACAUGAUGCUGCUGAUUGUCAACGAGGAGUCCGUGGCGGCGACGCGCGACAACCUGCAGAAGAAGCUGGACGCCAUCCGGACCCAGGCCGACGGGACCAUCGAGAUGGAGACGCUGGCGCUCAUCAUUGACGGAAAGUCACUGACGUAUGCGCUGGAAAAGGACCUCGAGAAGCUGUUUCUCGACCUGGCCGUCAUGUGCAAGGCCGUCAUUUGCUGCCGCGUGUCGCCGCUGCAAAAGGCUUUGGUGGUGAAGCUGGUCAGGAAGUAUCAGAAGGAAUCCAUCCUCCUCGCCAUCGGCGACGGGGCCAACGACGUCUCCAUGAUCCAGGCGGCGCACAUUGGCGUCGGCAUCAGCGGCGAGGAGGGACUGCAGGCUGCCCGGAGCGCCGACGUGGCCAUUGCACAGUUCCGGUUUCUGCGCAAGCUGCUGCUCGUCCACGGAGCCUGGAGCUACCAGCGCGUGAGCAAGACGAUACUUUUUUCCUUUUACAAGAACAUUGCCCUCUACAUGACUCAGUUCUGGUAUACUUUUCAAAACGUCUUCUCGGGACAGGUCAUUUACGAAUCGUGGACGCUGUCCUUUUACAACGUCUUCUACACGGUGCUCCCUCCGCUGGCGCUGGGCAUCCUGGACCAGUUCAUCUCGGCGCGGCUCCUGGACCGGUAUCCGCAGCUGUACAUGAUGGGCCAGAAGAACUACUUCUUCAAGCUCAAGGUGUUUGCCGAGUGGAUCGGCAACGCCUUCUACCACUCGCUCGUGCUGUACAUCUUCUCGCAGCUGAUCUGGUACGGGGACCUGAUCCAGGGCGACGGCAAGACGGCCGGCCACUGGGUGUGGGGGACGGCGCUGUACGGGGCGGUGCUGCUCACGGUGCUGGGCAAGGCGGCGCUGGUGACGAACAACUGGACAAAGUACCACGUGCUGGCGAUCCCGGGCAGCAUGGCCAUCUGGUACGUCUUUGUUGCGGCGUACGCGUCGGUGGCCCCCAUGAUCAACCUGUCGACCGAGUACCGCGGGGUGCCGCCGCGCCUGUUCACGAGCCCCGUCUUCUGGCUGCAGACGAUUGCGUUGGCGACGCUGUGUCUGCUGCGCGACUUUGCCUGGAAGUACGCCAAGAGGAUGUACUUUCCGCAGACGUACCACCACAUCCAGGAGAUUCAAAAGUACAACAUUCAGGACUAUCGUCCAAGAAUGGAGCAGUUCCAAAAGGCGAUCCGAAAGGUGCGCCAGGUGCAGCGGAUGCGUAAGCAGCGUGGCUAUGCUUUUUCGCAGGCCGACGAAAGCCAGACGCGCGUGCUGCAGGCGUACGACACGACCAAGCACAGGGGCCGCUACGGAGAGAUGGCGAGUUCCAGGCCAAUGGGCAAGUAG